AUGUCGGAAUCUCGCCCCUCUAAACGCCCCAAAACCACCAGGGGGGACGAUGAUUAUAUGCCAGGAAAUAUUCUUGAGAUCGAGCUUUGUAAUUUCAUGACGUUUGAUUACUUAAAAUGCAAACCUGGGCCUCGAUUGAAUCUUGUAAUUGGGCCCAAUGGUUCUGGUAAGAGUUCGCUUGUAUGUGCUAUUGCUCUUGGCCUCUGCGGAGAGCCCCAGUUGCUUGGGCGUGCUACAAGUAUUGGGGCAUAUGUGAAGCGUGGAGAAGAAUCUGGCUACAUUAAGAUCACCUUGAGGGGGGUCCAUAAAGAGGAACACAUUAUCAUCAUGCGGAAAAUUAAUACUAAUAACAAGUCUGAAUGGUUGUUCAAUGGAAAUGUAGUGUCUAAAAAGGAUGUGGUUGAAACCAUUCAAAGGUUUAACAUACAAGUCAAUAAUUUGACUCAGUUUUUACCGCAAGACAGGGUCUGUGAGUUCGCGAAGUUAACUCCUGUUCAACUUCUGGAAGAGACAGAAAAGGCUGUUGGUGAUCCACAGCUUCCAGAGCAACAUCGAACACUAGUUGAUAAAAGUCGGUCAUUGAAGCAUAUUGAGUUGUCUCUGGAGAAAAAUGAAGGAACCUUACAACAAUUGAAGGAACGAAAUGCUGAAUUAGAGACGGAUGUUGAACGUGUUCGUCAAAGAGAUGAACUUCUUACCAAGGCUGAAGCAAUGAAAAAGAAGUUACCAUGGCUGAGGUAUGAUAUGAAGCAGGCAGAAUACCGGGAAGCUAAGGAACGUGAGAAUGAUGCAGCAAAGGCAUUGGAGGAAGCUGCAAAGUUAUUAAAUGAUCUUAAAGAACCCAUUAUGAAACAAAAGGAAGAGAAGACUGCAUUAGAUGUAAAAUGCAAAAAGGUUAGCCGCAAUGUAAAUGAGAAUGCAAAGAAAAGAAAUGAACUUAUGGAGGAGGAGAACAAAUUGGACGUGGAAUUACAAGGAAAAUACAAAGAAAUGAAAGAAUUGAGGAGACAGGAAGAAACUCGACAACAAAAACUUGUAAAAGCAAGGGAGGAACUUGCUAUUGCUGAACUUGAACUUGAGAAUCUACCCCCUUAUGUACCUCCUAAGGAUGAGCUUCAAAGACUAAAAGCCGAAAUUGGAGAAUUGGAUUAUUCUGCUAAUCAAGUGAGGCAGAAUAAGUCACAAGCAGAAAAUGAAAUAAAGCGGAAGAAGUCAUCCAUGAUGCAGAAUAAAGAGAGGUUGAUGGAAAUGGAUAAUAAAAGUACAAAGUGUUUGCAUGUAUUGCAAAGGUCAGGGGCUGAAAAAAUUUUUGAAGCGUAUAAAUGGGUCCAAGAACAUAGGCACGAAUUCAAUAAGGAGGUUUAUGGCCCAGUUUUAGUAGAGGUGAAUGUAUCAAAUAAGGUUCAUGCUGCAUAUCUAGAGGGUCAAGUGGCUCACUACACUUGGAAGUCCUUCAUAACGCAAGAUUCUGGUGAUAGAGAUCUUUUGGUGAAACACCUGCAGUUCUUUGAUGUACCAGUUUUAAAUUAUACUGGUGAUGAUUGCCACCAAAGAGAGCCUUUUCAAAUUUCUGAAGAUAAGCGAGCUCUUGGCAUAUACUCCCGUCUGGAUCAAAUUUUUGAUGCUCCUAUUGCUGUGAAGGAGGUUUUGAUUAGCCAGUUUAGUCUAGAUAAUUCAUACAUUGGAUCAAAAGAAACUGAUCAGAAAGCUGAUGAGGUCCCGAAAUUGGGAAUUAUAGAUUUGUGGACACCUGAAAAUCACUACCAUUGGUCCAAGUCUAGAUACGGAAAUCAUGUCGUUACAGUUGUUCAACAAGUGGAACGCCCACAACUUUUAUUGAACAAUUUGAAUGUUGGUGAAAUUGAGAAGCUGCGUUCCCAGCAAAAGGAGCUUGAAGAAGUCAUUGCUAAUUUGGAGGAAUGUGUUAAAAGGUUUCAAGAUGAAGAAAGAAGCCUAGUGAAUCAAGCUGCUAAUCUUCGUAAGCAGUGGGAGGGCAUUAGUAUUACGGUGCAGAAUGAGCAUAAAAAACGUCAAUCAAUCAGUAGCCGAAUUGGUGAGUAG